UACCAGUUAAGAGAGGCCAGUCAGUCGUUUUCGCUUUAUAGUGAAGUUCCUGUCUAUUAUAUUAUUUAUUAUCCACUAAUCUCGCUUCCAACAAAAAUUCAUAAUUAUCUGUUUUUGGUAUUAAGAUAAAAUAAUAUAAGUUUUGUGAAAACCCACGAUUAAUCAAGACUUCAAGAAAGCAAGAUGGGCUACAAUUUUGAAAACAGAUGUGCAACUGUAAAACCUGCCGAUCCCUUUGAGCCAGUGAAUGAUGCCGAACUUCUUCGCGGGGCAAUGAAAGGUAUGGGGACCGAUGAAGAGACCAUCAUCACCGUUUUGGCCAAAAGAUCCAAUCCUCAACGGCAGGAGAUUGCUGAUCAAUUCAAAACGAUGUAUGGAAAGGACCUAAUCGACGACCUAAAAAGCGAACUGGGCGGCAACCUCGAGGACAUGAUUCUCGCCCUGAUGACCCCAGCUGCAGAAUACUACGCCAAAGAGCUACACAAAGCCAUUUCCGGCAUGGGAACCGACGAAGAAGUGCUCGUCGAAAUACUGUGCACAAUGACCAACCACGACAUCAAGAUCAUCGCCGAAACAUACCAAAACCUUUACGAUAACUCCUUGGAAGACGAUUUGAAAGGGGACACUGAUGGCACCUUUAGGCGACUGAUGGUGUCAUUAUGCAACGCAAACCGCGAAGAAGGUUUCGAUGUUGAUUUCAACGCUGCCAAAGAGGAUGCACAGAAACUUCUAGAAGCCGGUGAUGGAUUUGGCACUGAUGAAUCAACCUUCAACAUGAUCCUAUGUCAAAGGAACUACGCGCAACUCCAAAGAAUAUUCGAAGACUACCAGGCCAUCUCCGGGAACGAUAUCGAAGAUGCCAUCAAGAGCGAGUUCGCUGGAAAUGCCGAAGAUGCUUAUUUGGCAGUGGUCAGAGCUGCUAAAAACCCUGCCGCAUAUUUCGCCAAAAGGUUGCAUCACUGCAUGAGUGGGAUGGGGACCGAGGACAGGCAUUUGAUCAGGUUGAUUGUGGCCAGGUGUGAAGUCGAUAUGGAGGAUAUCAAAAAGGAGUACGCCGCCAUGUACGACCAGACUCUUGGGGAUGCUAUCAGAGGAGAUUGUCCAGGAGAAUAUAAAAAAAUACUACUAGCUCUUUGUGGAGAAGAUUUCUCCUAAAUAAGGGGGAUUGUCAUGGAGAUUAUAAAAAAAUGCUUCUGGCCCUUUGUGGAGAAGAUUUCUCUUAAAUUCUAAAAUUUAAUUGGGCAGCUUUAAAAAACUGAUAAAUAGUAAUAGGAAUGAACUAAUUAAUAUACAUAUAUGAUACCAUAGCUUCUUUAAUUUAAAGAUUUAUAUUUAUACACUUACUUAAAUAGAUAUUUUUUAUUUUUACAAACAGUAUUUUAUAAAAUAUUUAAAUCAGCUUAAAAACUUGCUUGUACUGUACUCUAAAACGCUUUAUAUAAAAUAUAUUAUCGUAUAGCA